AUGUUCAAACGCUCGUUCCGGUCCGGGGACCGAGUCGACAAAUCGGCGAGGCUGAAGAAGUCUAACAACAGCAGCAAUAACAAUACCAACAACAACAACAAGGUUCGGGAUACUCAGAAACUAGCGAAACUGCAGCGGUCGAUCGAGGAGGUCCUCCCUGCUAAGAGGACCCUCAAUUCUCCUAUCGUCACAUUGACGAUCGGGAGAGAAGCAAGACUGUUCGCGGCCCACGAGGAGGUCCUAUCCCAAUCGCCCUUUUUCGAACGGGCAUGUCGGGACCAAUACCUCGAGGCGCAGAGCAAGAGGAUUUCACUUCCGGACGAAGAACCCGAGAUCUUCUCGGCCGUACUCGAGUACCUCUAUAAGGGUGACUACUACCCACGCUUGGUACAUAACAAGCACCGAAACUCUUGGGAGCUCGAGGAUGCCGUGAGAUCACCCGACCCUUCAGAAAACAACCGAGCUGGCCGCGGAGCUGUCGAGGCCACAAUGCACGUCGCCAGCGUGGGACAAUAUCUCUUACGGGAUACCGUCGUGUACUGCGCCGCCGAUAGGUACGGACUCGAGGAGCUCAAGCGCCUAGCUCUUCGGAAGCAAGGCCUACAGAGCGGCAUCGACGUCGGAACGAUCCUUAGAUCGGCGCAGUACGCCUACGACAACACGCCGGACACGGACUCGCGACUACGCGCUCACUAUCUCGCCCUAAUUAUCCGAUGUCGUAAGACAUUUAAGAGGAGCGGAACCAUGCAGACAGAGAUGGAACGGGGCGGCAAACUUUUCUUUGACCUAUUCGUGGCCAUGUGCAACCAUCUCGACGACGUCGUGGAUAUGAGCAACGCUCGGACGCCUAAGACGAUCUAA